AUGUCUACUGAAGAAUUAGGAUUUGAUCCUACUCUUAAAAAGAAGAAGAAGAAGAAAGUGGUGUCUAAGGAGAACGGCACAGCAAGUCCAGGUUCUGGUACUAUUUCAUCGAAAGAGAGUCUGGAUGAUCUUUUCGCAGGCGCUAAGAAGAAGAAGAAAACCAAAUACAGUAAAGAGACCAAUGGAAAUGAUGCAGUUGAUGAUCUUACAGAGGGAUUUGAAGGAUUGAAACUUAAGAAGAAGAGAAAGAAGAAGAUAGUGUCCAAGGCUGACGAGAGUGCUGACUUUGAGAAGGAGUUGGCAGCUGCUGGUGUUCAAGAGGAAGAUAGCGGCGAGAUAUAUGACGAAAAGCAGAAAGAGACAUUUAUUCCAUAUAUUUCCCUAUUAGACCGAUUCUACGAGGUGUUGAGGGAGAAAAAUCCUGAAAUGGCUGGUGGUCAGCACCAGAAAUUAAGAAUUCCGCCACCAGAAGUAGCCAGAGAUGGAAACAAGAAGACGGUAUUUGUGAAUGUGCAGGUGAUUGCCCACGUUUUGCAAAGAAACCCAGAACAUCUUAUUCAAUACUUAUUUGCCGAAUUGGGUACGUCGGGUUCUAUUGACGGAGAGAAGAGAUUGAUCAUUAAAGGUCGUUUCCAGGCCAAGAACCUCGAGAGUGUUUUGAGAAGGUACAUUCAGGAAUACGUCAUUUGCCAGACUUGUAAAUCGAUGAAUACUGAGCUCAAGAGAGAAAGUACUAACAGAUUGCAUUUUAUUGUGUGUAAAGCAUGUGGUUCGACUAAGUCUGUCUCUUCCAUCAAGACAGGUUACCAGGCCCAGAUCGGUGCCAAUAGAAGAAAGAGAGGUUGA